AUGCCGAAGCAACACAUGAUAUUCGGCCGUCCCCUCCCCCGCUUCGGCACACGACGCAUCUCAUUCCUCCUCGUCUCAAUCUCCAUCUUCGCCGUCUUCUCCCUCCUCUUCACCCUGCCGAGCACCAUCCCCUCCGGCCCGAGCCUGAGCAAGUACACCGAUCACAAGUUCUCCAUCCCGGCCGCCAUCAAGAACCCCUUCUCCGCCACCAGCCGCCUCAAUCCCUUCCGCACACCAUCCCACGCACCCCCGCGCCAGCAGAACGACACCUAUGGCGAGUCCUCCUGGUGGGCCGAUUGGAAGUGGCUCUCCGUUCCCUUCUCCUCCUCCCUGACCCUCGACGAGGAGCGCUCUCUCCUUCCGCCCCUCAAGACCCGCCCGCCAAUCUACUGCUACUAUGAUACCACCAUCAAGAAGCCUGCCGAUGCGAAGGAUGCCGAGAGCGAGCUCCUCCUCACCUGGCGCCAUGCCUGGUGGGCCCGUGGCUUCAAACCCGUCAUCCUCUCCGCUGCCGAGGCCAUGAAGAACCCCCUCUACGACGAACUCCAGCGCAAUAAGGAGAUGGACGCCGAUCUCAAGACCGACAUGAUGCGCUGGCUUGCCUGGGACAACAUGCGCGGCGGCCUGCUCGCAUAUCACACCACCCUUCCUAUGGGCUCCCACGAGGAUCCCCUCAUCGCCUACCUCCGCCGCGGCGAGUACCCCCAGCUCACCCGCUGGAACAACCUGGGCAACGGCCUCUUCGCCGGCGCUGAGAAGGACGUCACUGCCGCCAUCAAAGCCACCAUGGCCAGCUCCAAGCUCAAGGAGACCAAGGACUUCGUCGCUGCUGCGUCCGAGGACACCUUCAAGAUCGACAACUUCCCCAAAGCCAUCGCCUACUACGACGUCGACAUCAUUCAAGACAAAUACCCCAAGGUCGCCGAGGCCAUCGCCGGUGACCGCGCCGCCGGUCUCAGGGGCCUGAAACAGCUCAUCAACGCCCACCUGCACACGACCUGGCAGAACGUCUUCUCCGACGGCAUCGCCGUCCUCAAGCCCCUGCCGCAGCACAUGACACACCUCAUCGACAAUGCUUGGCAUCUCGCCGACGACCUCUCCAUGUGCCCCGAGUCCCCGAUGCCCGGCUCCUGCCCGCCCAACAACCCCAAGUGCAAGCCCUGCGUGCCGGCCCAGUCCAUGCACAUCGCCACGCCCCCGCGCUACCGCAACACGACAACCCUCUACACGAUCGGCACCGUCCCGCACCCAUACACCACCGUCCUCCUCACGAACCUCAACGACAACAUCGAGAUCCCCUGGAUCCGCCGCAAGUCGGACCGCGACGCCUGGCUGACCGCCAUCACGACCGAGCUGAUGGGCGUCGGUAUCGGCUCCGAGCCCCGCAUCCUGCGCUUCAAGGAAGCCGUCGCCGGCGAGUUCGCUACGGCCCACUCCCUCUGGCUGACCGCCGAGAAGGACCUGCCCAAGGACCUCGACUGGCACUUUGGCUUCGCCAUCCCCCACAACGCCACCGACGGCACCUCCGAGACCCCCGUCCCCGGCCCCGAGCGCCGUCCGCAGCCCAAGCACGACGCGGCCGAUGGCCCCGUCGCCUCCGAGGAGGAGCUCGAGAAGGAGCCGCCUUUGCUCAAGCGCGCGCGCGACAUGGGCAAGACCAAGGACCCCAAGGACCUCGCCGUGCGUAGCGCCAUCGAGGCGUGGAACUUGGCGGACACGGAGGCGUGGAAGUUUGCGAGGGCGUUCCUGGCGCGGAGGAUCGUGGAGAGGAAGGAGUGGGAGGAUAGCGAGAGCCAGUAUGCCGGAGGCGUUGGCAGCGAGAAGGGACGGAGGCAGAGUUUGGGAGACCGCUGGCUUGAUCGCGACUAA